ACGGGAGAGGGAGAGCAGGGAGAAGGGAAGGAGACUGCACAAGUUACUGAGCCUCUGGAGCGCAGCGAAGGCAAUAGCUCUUGUUACUCCACUUUGUUACCCACUUUGUUACCCCAGCCCAGAAAGGAGGAGACAACAGGUGGCAGAGCAUUAGGAAGGCUGAGAAAACUGCCACCCGAAAGCAUCUGUUAAGAAGAAGAAAAUGAGAGAUAACUCUUGCUACCCGACCCCUGAGCGUCUGAAGGGAAGGGAAUAACACGUGCUGCCCCCCAGCUCCCCAAAAACAAGGAAAUUGGACGUGCCCCCACCGAGACAUCCAUAAAGAAGGAAAGGGGGUUCAUCCUGUUAGCCAAGUGCACCCCAACUCCUGAGCAUCGUAACUCCUGCCGCCCCCGACCCCUCUGCAUCGCUGGGAGGAGAAUUUAUCUCUGGCUGCCAAGGGACUCUGCACAAUCGGCUCUUCAACCGGGAAUUUGGAGAAAAGGGCACAACUGAGCCACUGCGGGACCCGUAGAGAUCGUGCGAUCAGAUUGGAAGAGUCGCCCCCGACUGCACAACUUGUUCAGCGGAACAUCUGGAGUAGAGUGUGGGCUCAGGGGGCGGGAGUCGCCUCGUUUAACCCUUUCAGCUCUCGCUACUUGGAGUUGAGCGAAGUCUCCAGUCGGGAGGGACAUUUAGUGCAUUGGGGCUGGGAAGGGUCCCUGGGAGUUGUUACUGCAGUCGGGAGGAACCAUUAAGGAUUAUUUGGGGGGUCUGGAUUGUAAUGAAGCUUCUCCCCAUGUCUGGAAGUGUCGUGCUGCUGUAGAGGAGUGAAGAGUUGGGAGGGAGGGAGGGAAUCAGCAGCCCCCACCCAUUCCCCCCACACACUCAGGCUGCAGCCCCCCGGCUCAUUAGACGCGAGGAGAGAACAAGUUGCCGUCACUUCGGCCGAUCGCUGUGUCUGAGUCAGCGCUGGGAGCAGAGGAGCAGAGUGAGGGGACAGGAGAAGCUUUAUAGUGGGCGAGAUCAAGUGCAACCGCUGCCAAGGGGGAGACCGAUCCUGGUACCCCUUUCCCUGAAUUUAGCGGACGGAUCAACAUCAGCGCAACCCCGUCUCGGAGAUAAAUUCGGCGCUUCCCCUUCUCUGGAGCUAAACUCAGGGGGACCCGCCGCCGCGCACCCUUUUUAGUGGAACUGAUUUCUGGGGGAGGGAAGACGCGCCCAUUCCUUGGAGCUGGUUUGGGUGGGGGGGAACCGGCGCACCCCAUUUCUCCGGUGAAGCUGAGGAAGGAGCUGCGGGUCUAAUAAGCCUCUAACACCCCGGGCUUUGGGGCUGGAUCCAGGCCGGACUGGGGAUGCAGGAGCGGAGCUGAAGGAUGGAGAUUUUGUGGCUUUUCCUCCUCUCUCUGAUCCCAAGGAGCAGCCGGGGACAAGGAGUGUAUGCCCCAGCUCAGGCACAAAUCAUUCACGCGGGGCAGGCGUGCGUGGUGAAAGAAGAUAACAUCAGCGAGCGAGUUUAUACCAUACGGGAGGGGGACAUCUUGGUUCUGCAGUGUCUGGUGACGGGCCACCCGCGACCUCAGGUACGAUGGACAAAAACUGCUGGCAGUGCCUCAGAGAAAUUCCAGGAGACCUCCAUCUACAACGAAACACUGCGCAUCGAGAAGGUCCAGAGGAUGCAGGGGGGUCGAUACUAUUGUAAAGCCGAGAAUGGGGUUGGGGUCCCGGCCAUCAAGUCCAUUCGAGUAGAUGUGCAGUAUCUAGAUGAGCCCAUUCUAACCAUUCAUCAGACCAUCAGUGAUGUCCGAGGGAGCUUCUACCAAGAAAAGACUGUUUUCCUGCGCUGCACUGUCAGCUCCAACCCACCGGCACGCUUCAUCUGGAAACGAGGUUCAGAGAUUCUCUCCCACAAUCAGGACAAUGGAGUUGAUAUUUAUGAGCCACUGUAUACACAGGGUGAAACCAAAGUACUGAAGCUGAAGAACUUGCGUCCCAAAGACUACGCCAAUUACACAUGCCAAGUAUCUGUACGGGAUGUUUGUGGGAUCCCAGAUAAAUCCAUCACUUUCCGUCUCACUAACAGAACAGCGCCACCUGCACUGAAGUUGUCGGUCAAUGAGACGUUGGUAGUGAACCCUGGAGAUAAUGUAACCAUGCAGUGCUCACUCACGGGAGGAGAUCCACCUCCUAAGGUCAUCUGGUCGCACAGCCAAAAUGUAGUGCCAUCCAAGGGGGGAAACCUCACCAUAUGGAACAUUCGUCCUGAAGAUUCCGGAUACUAUAAUUGUACUGCCACCAACAAUGUGGGGAAUCCUGCGAAGAAGACAGUCAACCUCUUAGUGAGAUCCAUGAAAAAUGCCACAUUUCAGAUCACUCCUGAUGUCAACAAGGAAAGUGAGAACAUCCAGUUGGGUCGGGAUCUGAAGCUCUCGUGCCACGUUGAUGCCGUUCCACAGGAGAAAGUUGUGUAUUCUUGGUUUAAAAACCAACGGAUUGUGGUGCCCUCUAGACGGCGACUGGAGAUCAGUAGGAAUGACCCAGAUCUCCCACCGGACACAAGUAGCUUGGAUUUCUUUGACUUGCGGUUCAGUGACUAUGGCACCUAUAUGUGUGUGGCCUCAUUUCCAGGAACAUUUACACCCGAACUAAGCAUUGAGGUCAAUAUAUCUGCUGAAACAGUGCCCCCCACACUGACUGUUCCCAGGGGACAAUCCAUCAUCACAGUUCGAGAAGGAUCUAGAGCAGAGCUACAGUGUGAUGUACGAGGCAAGCCCAAGCCACCUAUUCUCUGGACACGGCUGGACAAAGAGGGACCUUUGCCCACUGGAGAAGUGAUAGCUGAGACCUACGAUGGAAAAUUAAGGCUGGAGAAUGUGACCCGGGAAAUGAGUGGAACAUACAAGUGUCAGACGGCAAGAUACAAUGGAUUUAACAUCCGACCCCGAGAAGCCACGGUACAGCUGAAUGUUCAGUUUGCACCUGUGGUGGAACCCAAGUUGCAGGAGAUCCGCCAGGCCAUGCACACCGGCUUCACAAUGAGGUGCAACCUGCUGAAGGGAAGUCCACUCAAACUAGCCACUGCUGUGUGGAGAUACAACACGAACCUGCUCAAUGUGGACCCCACGGAGCAGCAGGAAUAUUCAGAACUGAGGAUAAACAGCCUGACCCAGAAGACCAGUGGUACAUAUGAAUGCACCGUUUCUAAUGACGUCGGCUCUGAUUCGUGUGUCUUUCAGGUGACCGGGAAGGCCCUCAGCCCAGAGUUCUACUAUGAUACCCCAAGCCCGAUUAAGGUCUUCAAACAGUUUAGAAACUACUCAUAUUUGCUUCAGUGGACCCAGAAGGAGCCUGGAGAUGUGGAUCCAAUUACGAGCUACAGGCUGGAAUAUCGACAGACAAACCUGAGAAAUAUAAUGAUCAAGGACAUCCCGGUUCGGGGGAUCCAGAAGGGGCAACUCCAGCAGUACCUGCUGACUGAUUUGAAAGCGAACCAGAGCUACGAGGUGCAGCUGACACCAUACACCAGUUUUGGAACAGGAGACUCUGCCUCCAGGAUCAUCCAAUACACAGAACCCAAUUCUCCCAACCCUUCAGAUAUCACCUGCAGGUUUGAUGAUGAGAAGAUGUGUGGGUUUGUGCAGGACAGAAGGGACAACUUUGAUUGGACGCGGCAGAGCAUGCUGACGGAGAAUCCCAAGAGAACGCCCAACACAGGGCCUGUUAUGGACCGCAGUAACACCCCAGAAGGCUACUACAUGUUUAUAGAAGCCUCUCCACCCCGUGUGCCAGGAGAGAAAGCUCGGCUGAUCAGCCCCAUGUACAACGUGAGCACCAAGCCUCCGUACCACAGGACCCCCUUCUGCGUCUCGUUCUACUAUCACAUGUACGGGAGACACAUAGGAAAUCUGAACCUGCUGAUGCGGACGAGGAGUAAAGGUACAAUGGACACCCAGGUGUGGAGCUUGAGAGGUGACAGAGGGAACAGAUGGCAGCAUGCGAUGGUCCCUAUGAGCCCCAUGGGGCCAUUCCAGGUUGUGUUUGAAGGUGUGAGAGGCUCAGGAAUAGAAGGGGACAUUGCCAUUGACGAUGUUACUGUGAGAAAAGGAGACUGUCCAUGGAAGCAGCUACCACCAACUAAAGAUGUGAUUCCUCCUGGAAGUCCAGCCUGUAAGGUCUUCGCUCCAACUCUUAACUGGGCACUCGCCUUCUUUCUCUUUGUGCUGCUGAGAUGAUACUGAGCCAAUGACGCUGCUGUAUUCCAACUAAGGCUCCUCAACCUUGCAUCCUUUCCUCCUCCUGUUCUCCUCCGUUGCAGACACACCAAAGUGUCCACAGUUACCAAAGACCAACAAGCAUGACCGCUUGAAGGACCCUCCAAAAAGCAUAAUGAGACUGGGAGGCUCCCUUGGAGAAGGUCAUCAUGUCUCAACAAUGAGUGGAAAGGAAUAUAAAAGGACAGAAUCUAGGGGAAUAAGUGAUAGGAUGAAGGACUUUUCUUUAAGAAAUGACUUUGUAUCACAUUGACUUGUAGUUACAAAAAAACAAGCAACAAACAAACUUUGAUGAAAAUAUAAGCACAAAUUUCUAUCUGGACUAUUCUGGGAUGGGGGGAAACAAUGGCUAUUAAUCCGCUCAAGGUUAGCGGAGGUAACGUGGAAGAAAUUCCAGCUGCUGCAUUCUAAUUUUCGAAGUAGAUUUCUUUUCUCGUGCUGCUGCUGCGUCCCAUCUGCGUUCAUGUAGUCUCACGCCAGUUGCAUGUGCUUCCGUGUCCAUAUCUGCAUAUAGCCUCACCUCAUAUAUGCUGACGCUCAUGAUCUUUGCUGUAGUAGACAUGUUUGUUGGAGAAAGGGAACUUUUACUCUGCUGGCCUUUGGAAAAACGAUCCCUUCCUCAUCAAAUGUGUAUAGACUUGGCGGAAGGGGAAGCUAGGGAAAUUCCCCCUCUAUUCCGGUAGCUUUGGAUCAAUAUUCACCUCUCCUUAGUCUUCCCUCUUGUCAUGCUACUGUUAACAUACAUCUCAUUUUAUCUAGAGAGCCCUGUGCUGGUCAGGAAGACCAAAAAAAAAUGACGGUGAAACAAAAUGGGUUCGUUGCUUUAUCAGAGAUACAAUUAGGGAGGGUACGUCGUUCCGUAGCAUUUUUUGAGCUGCCAAUGUCCUCUUCUCUUCUGUCGGAGACAUGGGCAUUAAUAUAUUGACAGGGAAAGUGCCCGGUAAUCACCACAAAUCCAGGGUUGUCAUCAAUUUUUUAUUUAGGUGGAUGGGGCAACAUCGACACCCAACGGCUCCUAGAAUUAGACAGCUGUUGAAGUUCCACCUCUUGGACCAAUCAGAUGUCUUAAUCAAAUUUUAAGGUCCUAAUUCAAGUUCAGAAAGCUCAAAGUAUCCAUGGGAACGUGGUGACGAUAGACUUGAGAAUCUGGUGUAUGUUGAACUGAGGCCACUUCAGAUAAUUGCGCCAAUGUCCUCUUCGCUUCUGUCGGAGACAUGGGCAUUAAUAUAUUGACAGGGAAAGUGCCCGGUAAUCACCACAAACACAGGGAUGUCAUCAGAUUUUUAUUUAGGUAGAUGGGGCAACAUCGACACCCAACGGCUCCUAGAAUUAGACAGCUGCUGACGUUCCACCUCUUGGACCAAUCAGAUGUCUUAACCAAAUUUUAAGGUCCUAAUUCAAGUUCAGAAAGCUCAAAGUAUCCAUGGGAACGAGGUGACGAUAGACUUGAGAAUCUGGUGUAUGUUGAACUGAAGCCACCUCAGAUAAUUGCGCAAACAUGUAAGGGAAAAUGUUUUUUUUUUCUUUUUUUUUUAAAAAAAAAUCUAUAUAUGGAAAAGUUCUAAAUGUAUUCUGCACAGAUAUUUAUCUUACCGGCUAAUCGGCUGGCUUUUUUUGUGAUGUAGCGAAGACAACCUCAGAUCACAUAGAACGUGGGAAGGUUGAGACUGCACUGAAGGGGCCCUGGGAGGGACAAUCUGCGAGUGAGUGUGUUGCAACGAGUCAGUGGCCGUAUGUCAGUAACGAGGGAUUUAUUUGUACACAACAUUUACCAAUCAAUAAUAUUCCACAGGUGCCUAUGGGGAAAAAAAAUGUUCCUUAAUAAAUGUCUAGAAUUUU